GAUGAUCCCUAUUUGGAUGACAAGAAAGGUGUGCUUGGUAGAAUCGGUUUAUUGGGUGCCGACUAUUGGACAUGGAUACAUCAACCGUUUGAGGGAACAAUUCGACUUUUCGAUUCGGAUUUCCUCGAGAGUUUAACGAGAACCUCUUGGUGGGUGGUUCCGCUUGUUUGGAUGCCGUUUGUCGUUCUUUUCACUCUCGCUGGCCUCUACGAUCUACAUGGGAAAUAUGGAUUGGUGACUUCUGCAGGGAUUUGGGCUUUCUUGUUUGCGGGUGGAGUGUUGAUGUGGACGUUGGUUGAAUAUCUCUUGCAUCGUUUCGUCUUUCAUUGGCAUCCGAACACCGAAUCGAAGACACAAAUCGUUUUGCAUUUCUUGAUUCACGGGCUUCAUCACAAAACUCCAAUGGACGGCGAUCGUUUGGUUUUCCCACCAGUGCCCGCUCUUCUCAUCAUUUUGGUCUUUGCCAGCAUUUAUAUCUCGAUUUUGCCUUGGGCUGUUUUCUGUUGUUUCGGUGCGGGCAAACUCUGUGGAUACAUUCUUUAUGAUUGUACUCACUAUUAUCUUCAUCAUGGCUCACCUCGUCCACAAACGAAUAUGCACUACAAGAAAGUUUACCACCAUAAUCACCAUUUUAAGGAUUAUGACGUUGCAUUCGGAAUCUCGACUCAAAUCUGGGACCACGUCUUUGAGACUGUUGGAUUGGGCCCAUUG